AUGGUGCUUCUCUCCCUGAGGCAAGCGCCCGACGGCUGGCAGGUGCUCCGCGGCGCGGGCACGUCUGCGCUGGACGCGCGCCUGUCGCUCGCGCCUUCGUCCGCCGCGCACGGCCAGGGGCCGGUGCUGGUCUUCGUGUCGGCGUCCGACGUCGACGCGCUGGCCGCAAGCCGCAUCCUCACGGCCCUGCUGCGCGCGGACCUUGCGCGCUACGAGAUUCACCCCGUCAUCGGCUACGACGACCUUGCCGCAAAGUUCGCCGUGCUGGCCACCAAGGUCGAGCCGCGCGCAGUCCUGCUUGUCAACUGCGGCGCCAUGGUCGACCUUGGAGCGGUGCUCGGGCUGCAGGAAGAGGAGCUGAAGCCGACUGAUGUCAGGGUCUUCGUCAUGGAUUGCCAUCGCCCGUACCAUCUGAGGAAUAUUCGAAAUGAGAGGGUCGUGCUUUUUGACGAUCUUGAGGAAAAUGCUAUGGCCGAGCUGCCACUCGAUGUUGAUUGGGAGGACCGCUGGGGGAAUGUCGAGGUCGAGGAUUCCUCGGAUGAGGAGAGCGAGUCUGAUGAUUCGGACGACUCGAGUGAUGACAAUAGCCGUAGUGAGGGCAACGACUUUGCUAUUGCCAAACAUAAGUUGGAUUCUGCAGAUGCAGAGGCCCCAACCGUGAAGAAGACAAAGCCAAAAAAACGAAAGCGUAGGCGAGAUCGCGACGCAGACGCUAUCAUGGAGGACGACGUCCUCUUCGAUGGCGAAGGUACUGGCCGCGCCGACCCUGACGAUGACUCUGACGACGAAGAUGACAAUCAAGAUGAAGGCAGUUCCCAGCCGACCAAACGUCGCGGUCGGAAAGCGAAACGCAAGAGGAUACGAAGAUCAAGAGGACGCAGUUUGUACGAUGAUGACCCGGAGAUAAUGGAACGAGAGAAGCUGAGAGAUUAUUACUCCAAUGCCACACUCGCAAUGAGCUCCGCUUGUCUUAGUCACAGCAUCGCUGCCGUCUUUAAUCGUUCAGAUAUGGACAGCUUGUGGAUGGCUAUUGUUGGUGUCACGAGCCAAUUCAAUUCCUCUAGCAUUUCUUCGGAUCUCUAUGAGGAUGCCAGGGGGUACUUUUUGCAGCAGCUCAAGGACCCCAAUCUCAACGGCCAGAAACAGCAAAAAGACAGCUCGCAAGAACAAAACGUUGGGUAUGCUCUGGGAUGCAAUGCCGUGCAAACCCAACGAAUUGCUCCGAACACCGAGCUGCGUCUCGACCUUCUUCGGCACUGGUCGCUACACGGCUCUCUGCUACACAGCACGUACACCGCAACAAGGCUUUCGGCAUGGCGCCAGAUAGGUAAGCGUAGGUUGCUUGAAAUGCUUGCAACGCUUGGAAUUCCACUCAAGGACAGCCAACAGGACUGGUGCUACAUGAAACAAAAGAACAAGCUUGCUCUGGAGCGUCAUCUCCCCAAGGCCAUUCAAAGGUUUGACUUGGGUGUGAACAUCGAGUACGAAAGCUUCGUUCGCUCUCUGCCCGGCCAUAGAGGUGACGUCUCCGCUGCAGACUUUUCACAUGCCAUCAGCGCCCUUCUGGAGUUUGAUGACCGCUCUCAACGAGCACCUCGCGGGGAAAUAAGCCCUGCUGCCCAUACGUUUUGGACGGCCUACGACGCUCUCGACAUGAAAAAAUCCAAUCUUCUUGACACUGGCUUGGACAUGGCUGUGUCAAUACAAAAGCUAACCGCCGAAGUUGGUGGAGAUGUCAUCGAAAGCCGGAAGUUUGUUCCCAGCGGACCUUUUCGAUAUGUGUUCCUCAGAGAUCAGCAAUCUAAAGAGCUAUUUGCUCACCCUCUCCUGCUUAGAAGGCUUGCACUCUUCCUCAAGAAGGCUCUCACCAGGCAGGGAGUUCGCGAAAAGCCCUUCAUUAUUCUGGCGCCGGACCCCUCACGAGAUGUUUGGAUCGCAGUUGCUGCAACAACGUCUGGCCAGAGAAACGACUUUGGCCACCGCUUUCGGAAGGCGGCAGAGAGGAAUGGGAGCCAAGUGACAUACGAUGCUUUUGACUCAGCCGUGUGCGAGAUCAAAGAUGGCCAGGAAAUAGAAUUUGUUCGCUUCCUCCACGACGUUAUGCGGUAG